AUGGCAGCAUCUUUUGCGACAGUGUGUCGUGUCUCGACGAGGCUAGUAAGCCGGCGAGUGACCCAAGGUGCAGCAGUCAGAGGCUUUCGAACAUCCGCUGCCUUGCCGGCGGCGCAAAACUUCACGAUGCCGGCGCUGUCGCCGACGAUGACGGAAGGCAAUAUUGCAACAUGGAAGGUCAAGGAGGGCGACGGGUUUGCUGCCGGCGACGUGCUGCUCGAGAUCGAGACGGACAAGGCCUCCAUGGACGUCGAGGCGCAGGAGGACGGAAUCAUGUUCAAGAUCUUUGAGGGUGAUGGUACCAAAGGCAUUCAAGUGGGCACACGAAUUGGGCUUCUCGCGGAGCCUGGCGACGACAUCAGCCAACUAGAGAUCCCCGCCGACGAAUCCAAGCCUGCGGCGAAGGAAGCCAAGAGGGAGGAGCCGUCGCAACCGCUCAAGCCUACAGAGAACCCUCCCCAGAAGAAGGCGGUCAACCCCAGCAAGCCCAAGAAGUCCGGCCAAAAGGCCCCGAAGCUGGCAUAUCCUCUUUACCCGUCGGUCGAGCACUUGAUCAAGGAGCACAAGCUGGACGAAUCAGCCAUUAGCGAGAUCACACCUACCGGACCCCAAGGUCGUCUUCUGAAGGGCGACGUUCUAGCAUAUCUAGGCGCCAUUUCCAAGGGCCGACCAUCCGAGAUCGAGGCACGCUUCAACCACAACGCUCAUCUUGACCUGAGCAACAUCAAGCUCGCCAAGCCGGCCGCAGCCCCUCCGGCGAAGAAGACGGACAAGCCCGCGGCGGCAGAGUUUCCAAUCCCCAAGGACUUACUGGUCUCGCUGCCCGUCUCCCUGGCCGCCGUCAUCGAGGUGCAGAAGAAGAUCCAAGACAACCUUGGCACUUUCAUGCCCUUGUCGACCUUCGUCUCUCGCGCCGCCGAGUUGGCCAAUGAUGAGCUGCCACUAGCAGGCAACUUCAAGCCAACGGCCGACGACCUGUUCAACCAAGUGCUGGGACUGGACAAGGUGGACCCGAAGGUUUCAAGAGGCUACUACAUGCCUCAAAUCUCGGCGUUGCCACCAAGUUCCUUCACCGGGGUAGCGCCGAAGCCGAAGUCGGCCAAGGUCGACAUUAUUGACUUCUUAGCUGGAACUGUUAAGCGGAGUGCCCCUAAGUCGCUGCGCACAUCGGGCAUCUCGACUGGAGUCAACACUUUCAGCCUCACAGUGUCCAAACCUGAAGAGAAGAGGGCUCAAGCUUUUCUGGCACGAUUGAAGGUGGUUCUCGAGAACGACCCUGGAAGACUAGUGCUGUGA